CGCGGGCCCAGGCGCGGGCCAAGAUGGCUUCCCCGCCGGUCUACUGCCUGUGCCGGCUGCCCUACGACGUGACCCGCUUCAUGAUCGAGUGCGAUCUGUGCCAAGACUGGUUCCACGGCAGUUGUGUCGGCGUAGAAGAGGAGAAAGCAGCUGACAUUGACCUCUACCACUGCCCCAAUUGUGAGGUCCUCCAUGGGCCUUCUGUUAUGAAAAGGCGCCGAGGGACCCCAAAGGUGCAGGAACUGAUAGUGAGCAAAGAGGCUGGGAAGACAGUGCAGACUGGGAGCCCCAUGUUCAUCCGGGAGCUUCGAGGAAGGCCAUUCCGCAGUGCCGAUGAGGUGAUCUUGAAGCCCACGGGGGCCCAGCUGACAGUGGAGUACCUGGAAGAGAACAGCUUCAGUGUGCCCAUUUUGGUGCUUAAGAAGGAUGGCCUGGGGAUGACCCUGCCCUCCCCAGCAUUCACUGUGAAGGAAGUGGAGUAUUAUGUCGGUUCUGACAAAGAGAUUGAUGUUAUUGACGUGACCCGUCAGGCCGAUUGCAAGAUGAAACUUGGUGACUUUGUACGUUAUUACUGUAGCAGCAAAAGGGAGAAAGUUCUCAACGUCAUCAGCCUCGAGUUUUCUGAUACCAGGCUUUCAAAUCUCGUGGAGACCCCUAAGAUUGUCCGGAAGCUCUCCUGGGUGGAGAACUUGUGGCCGGAGGAGUCUGUGUUUGAACGGCCUAGCGUGCAAAAGUAUUGCCUCAUGGGUGUGCGGGACAGCUACACGGACUUCCACAUUGACUUUGGUGGCACCUCUGUCUGGUACCAUGUGCUCAGGGGUGAGAAGGUUUUCUACUUAAUCCGCCCAACCCCAGCCAACCUGUCCUUGUUCGAGUGCUGGAGCAGCUCCUCCAACCAGCGAGAGAUGUUCUUUGGGGACCAGGUGGACAUGUGCUACAAAUGCUCCGUGAAGCAAGGCCAGACACUCUUCAUUCCCACAGGUUGGAUCCAUGCGGUGCUGACGCCCGUGGACUGCCUUGCCUUUGGAGGGAACUUCCUACAUAGCCUCAACAUCGAGAUGCAGCUCAAGGCCUACGAGAUUGAGAAGAGACUGAGUACAGCUGACCUCUUCAGGUUCCCCAAUUUUGAGACCAUCUGUUGGUACGUGGGAAAGCACAUCCUGGACAUCUUCCGAGGGUUACGAGAGAACAGGAGACACCCUGCUUCAUAUCUGGUCCACGGAGCCAAAGCCUUGAACUUGGCCUUUAGGUCUUGGACUAAGAAAGAGGCUUUGCCAGAGCAUGAAGCUGAGAUCCCUGACACUGUGCGGACAGUCCAACUUAUCAAAGAUCUGGCCAAGGAGAUCCGUCUGGUGGAGGAUAUCUUCCAUCAGAACAUUGGAAAGACUGGCAGCCCCUUUGGCCUCCAGAGAACUGGCUUAGUCAGCAGCACCCCGGCCACCAAGCCAACCCCUGGCCCUCCUGCCUCCACUGCCAGGCUUUCCCCAGCCUCUAAAGCCAGCUCCAAAAAGAGAAGCUCCCGAGCCAAGGUGGAGGCUGGGAAGAAGGCGGAGCGCAGAGGGAGAGAGAAUGUGGCUAUGGUGGAUCCUUAUGAGCUGGACCUCAGUCUGCUGGACAAAUAUACGCGGCAGACACUGAAGGCGGGCUGUCCUCCCAAGGGCCAGUUUCUGGUUGCAAACACCUGCUUGGCUCCCCCAGAGGAGGAGCUGGAGCUAGACCCGGACCCAGAUCUAGACUUGGACCUAGAACCUGAUAUCGAAGAGAGCCAAGUUACAGCAGUGCUGGCCAAUGGAAGAGCAGCAAGUGACAAGAAGGUGAAGGUCUCAGCCAGGUCCCGGAAUUCUAAGAGCACCUCAAGACGAGGAGCCAAGAACAAGCUGCUGAUGAAGGGCGAGUUUGACCUGGACUCUGAAGAAGACCUGCAGAUUGAUGAGACGCCUCGCAAGGAGAAGAGGGUCCUGGUCCCCAGGAAGAAGUUACCCAAAUUCCCCCGGAAGUUGCCUCGUGCCAAGCCCUGCUCUGACCCUAACCGAAUCCGGGAACCAGGGGAGGUAGAGUUUGACAUUGAGGAGGACUAUACAACCGAUGAGGACCUGGUCGAAGGAGUGGAAGCCCAGCUUGGCUCCAGCGCUGGAACCACAGGGAUUCUAGAUCUGCUCAAGGCCAGCAGGCAGGUGGGGGGACCCGACUCUGCAGCCCUCAAUGAGGCCCCUGCCUCCCCCAGUACCCAAGAGGCUAUCCAGGGGAUGCUGUGUAUGGCAAACCUGCAGUCCUCAUCCUCCCCGUCAGCCUCCAACCUUCAGGCCUGGUGGACUGCAGGGCAGGAGGGUGGUGGCAGCAGUGGCAGUGGAAGCGGCAUCUCUGCUCGUGGGAAGACUGAUAGCCCCAGCACCCCAGCCAACCAGCGGGCCCUCAGCAAGCGAGCUGGGAAGCAGCCAGCCCAGCAGAGAAUGGAAAGUGAGGAAGAGGAGGAAGAGGAAGCUGAGGCCAGCCUAGAUGAUGAACAGGAAAGCCUGGGGGCCUGCUUCAAAGAUGCUGAGUAUAUCUACCCAUCUCUAGAGUCAGACGACGAUGACCCUGCUUUGAAAUCGCGCCCUAGGAAGAGGAAGAGCACGGAUGAUGCUCCCUGGAGCCCCAAAGCCCGUGUGACCCCAACCCUCCCAAAGCAGGCCCGGCCUGUUCGGGAGGGGACUCGUGUGGCCUCCAUUGAGACAGGUUUAGCUGCAGCAGCUGCAAAGUUGGCUCAGCAGGAGCAGCAAAGAGCCCAGAAGAGGAAAUAUUUCAAGAAGAAGCCAUUGGCGAAGGAACUGGAACAGUUGCCCUCUCAAGAUAGUGGUCCUGGCACAGCUGCUCCUGUGCCAGUGCCCCCACCUGUAGUUGUACCACUUAGCCCCCCACCACCCACUGAGCCCAAGCAGGAACCAUUUGCUGGCAGCCUGGCUGACCAUGAGUACACUGCCCGGCCCAGUGUCUUUGGCAUGGCGCAGGUGAACCGAGGCACCACACCCAUGGCACCUGGUGUCUUCUUGUCUCAGCGGCGGCCCUCGGCCAGCUCCCAGGGGAGUCAGGCUACACAAGGAAAGCGGCCCAAGAAGGGCCUGGCCACGGCCAAGCAGCGACUUGGCCGCAUCUUGAAGAUCCACAGAAACGGCAAAUUGCUGCUGUGAGCCCUCCAUGUUGGCAGGGCCCUGCUUCAGUCUCCUGGCCCUCGGAGGCUUCGUUUUUCCUUUGCAGACACUCCUCAUGUCAGACUUCUCUUUUGUUUGGAGCCCUCCUGGCCAGCCUUGGGGGUGGCUGGCUUAAGAGGCGAAUGUCCCUGGUGGAGGGAGGGAGGGAGGGAGGAAGCCUAGCCUUUCUUUCAUUCACUGGCCUCCCUCUCCAUUUCCUUUUGCCCUUUCCUGGCCUUUAUUUCUGUUUACUGCCCUGUUAGAGAAUGGGGAGGCUGCAAGAGUGAAGUCUGACUUCUGAGAGGCCUUCAGCUUCUCCCCUGUUUGAAUCAGUUAGGGCCCAUGAGCAAGGGGACCCGGUGCUCCUUAAAUAGUUUUGUUGGCCUUCCCCCUUGUCUGGGCCCAUUCAUCUAGUUUGGAGGGAAGAGAGCAGGAAGCCUGCUAUAGGCUGCUGCCAUGCCACCUUUUGUGGCCUGUAUAGAAGCCAUGUGUGAAUAGCCAGCCCCGUUGGCUGGUCUGCCUUCCUGCCCUGCUCCUCCUUGUACAGGGGCCAGGUCUGUGACACUGGACACAGAAGAGGUUGCCUUCCAUCACCUCAUUAGACCUGGAAGCGCCCACAAGCAAAGUAUUGCCCCACUCAUGACCCCCUGCUUGGCCCCUUCAGCCCCAAUUUGGCUGAGUUGGCAGGGGUGGGCAUCUCAAUACGCCCCCUCUGAGUAACUGGGCAGGGUUGGAAAAUGGAGUCUGUGUGGAACCACCUCUCGGUUCGUUUGGCCCAUUCCAGCUGCUUGCUCUGUGUGGCUGGGAUUGCCCUGGUGACUCAGGGACCUGGGGGGCAUCUCCCCACUGGGAUACUGUAAGCAGAAGGGCCACUGGCUCAAAGCCUGAGCCAGCAGCUGUAGGGCUUCCAUGGGGCUGGGUAAUUUGGAGCCAAGGAAGUGUGGCCAUCCCUUCCACCCUCCUCCCCAAGCUCUACUGGCCACCUUUCACCACACUGCUUUUCUUGUUUCCCUCAUCCCAAGCUCCCUGCCACUUGGCUAGAACAGGGCUAGGCAGGGAAACCUGUGGCGCAUGGUUGUCCUUGAGCCCUGCCCACUGGUCUGCCUUGUCCGACCUUAUCCCUUAAAGUCCCAGUUAAGCAUGGGCUAGAGCCUGACUCCCUUCUCUCACCUGCAUGGAGAUGGGAGUCACAGCAGAGAGAGAGGCCAAGGCAGCUAAUUGCUUCCAGAAGACCACCUGGUUUGGGGCAGCCCAGGCCAGCUCUGCCCAGGAUACUUUGAUUUCACAUUUUUUAUUUCUGAGGUUUGGGGCCCCUUGUUUUGCUUUUCUGUUGUUGUUGACAAAUGACGGUAAAGGAAAGGCCUGUCCCCCUCCCUCCAAGUUGUCUCACAAAGAGCUGAGUGGGGGCGUCUGUUUUCUUUGUUGGACUUUUCAGGUUGUAAGCGUUGGGGGGGGGGGGGGUACAGCCCAAGGGAGGGAGCCCAGCCUUGGACUCUCUCCCUCCUUAGCCAAAGAGCCAGCCAGCGGCUGGGCUGGGGGCCCAGGAGAAAAGCAUUUCUAUUCAUCCGGAUUCUAUUUUUACAAAAGAGAGAACACACUCAAGCCACCACCACACUUCUGUACAUGUUGAAAUCUAUUUUUAGAAGUGGGGAGGAUUGUGUAUUUCGGACGCGAAGCCAGACUUUGGUGGUGGUGGCACUUUCUUUCAGUUUGAGGCCCUCUCCCCCCAUUUUGGUGUUAUUACUGAUGUAAUUUAUAUUUUUUAUUUAGAUCCGUCCUUUCCUAGAGAGAUAAAACUUGUUAUAUCUUGGCACUGA